AUGGGUGAUGGAUCAAGUGACGUGGCACCUAAUACAAGCGAUGAUACCAUCGACGGAUAUAGUGUUGAUGGGGAUGUAUCUGGAGAUGAGGAAGAAGAAGGGGCCCAUGCACAAGGUCCUUUGGAGCAUGAACAGGUUCUUAAUCUUGUCGAUGAUAAUGAAGAUCGUGUAAUGCCAUUCAAUGAAGUUCAAGAAGAUGUAGUAUUUUGGUCGCAAGAAAGAAAUGUGAUAGAAAAAGGAAUGUUUUUUCAAAGCAAGGCGGAGCUUGUACACGCUGUUAGGCUUUGGAACAUAAGAGAAAACAAAGAACUUAUUGUUAUGGAUACGAGGCCAACGUUUUGGAAAGCACAGUGCAUAACCAGGGGGAAGAAUUAUCUUGGUGUUAUGGACCGGGUACCGUCAAGUAUGAUUGCUUCUGAAAUUUUGUCACAAGUGCGGGAGGAUUUAACUUUAAAAGUCAGACAGAUCCAGGCGCAAGUAAAAACAACUUUCAAUGUUGAUGUGAGCUAUGCCAAGGCGUGGAAUGCACGAAGGUUAGCAAUUGAAAGGUUGUAUGGAACUUGGCCGAGUAACUUUGAUGCAUUGCCUAAGUAUGUUGCUGAAUUACAACGUGCUAACCCAGACACUGUUGUGGAAUGGCUCCAUUCUCCAACCAGUUUAAGCCAUAUACAUACAUUCAAGUUUGUAUUUUGGGCAUUUGGACCAACAAUUAGGGCAUUCCAACGUUGUAUUCCGGUGAUCUUUGUCGAUGGCACUCAUUUGAAAGGCAACUACAAGGGUAAGUUGUUAACUGUGGUGACGAAGAACGCCAAUGGACAACUAUUGUCGGUCGCUUUUGCCUUGGUUGAUGAAGAGUCUAAUGAAAGUUGGGGAUGGUUUCUAAAUCUCUUUGAAGAGCAUGUCGGAUCGCAGCGGCAGGGUGAUUUGUGUAUCAUUUCAGACCGUCACCAAGGCAUUCUUAAUGCAGUUAACCAAAUUGACGGGUAG